GGAAUGCGUAAUUUUUGAAAUUCUUCUUCAUCUUUUUUAUUUUUUAUUUAUUUUUAUUUCUAUUUUUCUACAUGGUUAACAUUCAAACUAUUCCUACCCAACCUUUCGAAGGUCAAAAGCCUGGUACUUCAGGUCUUAGAAAGAGAGUCAAGGUUUUCCAACAAAAGCAUUACACAGAAAACUUUAUUCAAGCUAUCCUUGAGGCUAUUCCUGAGUCUGAUGGUGGUGCCAAGGGCGCAACUCUUGUUAUUGGUGGUGACGGUCGUUUCUAUUCUAAUGAAGUACUUCAGGUCAUUGUUAAAGCAAGUGCAGCUUAUGGUGUUGCCAAGUUAAUUGUGGGUCGUAACGGUAUCGUCUCUACUCCUGCUGCAUCCAACAUCAUUCGUAAGCGCAAAGCUACAGGUGGUAUCCUUUUGACUGCUUCUCAUAACCCUGGUGGACCUGAGAAUGACUUUGGUAUCAAAUAUAACUGCUCAAAUGGUGGUCCUGCUCCUGAAUCUGUAACAGAUAAAAUUUAUGAAAUCUCCAAGACAGUCAAGGAACUUAAGGUAGCGGAUGCUCCUGAAAUUGAUUUCUCUAAACUUGGUACACAGCAAGUAGGCGAUAUGACAAUUGAAAUCAUUGAUGGUGUUGAUGAUUAUGUAGAACUCAUGAAGGAAAUCUUUGACUUUGAUUCUAUCAAGUCCUUCUUUGCCAAUAACAAAGAUUUCAAGAUGUUGUUCGAUGGUAUGAAUGGUGUCACUGGUCCUUAUGGUCAUCGUCUCUUUGUUGAAGAAUUCGGUUUACCCGAAUCUAGCGUAAUGCGUUGUGUUCCUAAACCUGACUUUGGAGGUGCUCACCCUGAUCCUAACUUGACUUAUGCUCACGAUUUAGUGGAAGCUGUUGAAAAGCAAGGUCUUGAUUUUGGUGCUGCCUCAGAUGGUGAUGGUGAUCGUAACAUGAUUAUCGGUAAGGGUGCUUUCGUAACUCCCUCUGAUAGUGUUGCUAUCAUUGCUCAUUAUGCAAAGGAUGCCAUCCCUUACUUCAAGAAGAAUGGUAUUCAUGGUUUGGCUCGUUCAAUGCCUACCUCUCAAGCUCUUGAUUUAGUUGCUAAAAAGAUGGGUCUCGAACAUUUUGAAGUUCCUACCGGUUGGAAAUUCUUUGGCAACUUGAUGGAUGCAGGUCGCUGUUCUAUUUGUGGUGAAGAAUCAUUUGGUACAGGCUCUGAUCAUAUUCGUGAAAAGGAUGGUGUUUGGGCUAUUUUAGCAUGGUUGAGUAUCAUUGCUUAUACUAAUAAGGAAAAGCGUACCAGUCUUCAUGAUAUUCUCCAAGAACACUAUAAGAUCUAUGGUCGUAACUUCUUCUCUAGAUAUGAUUAUGAGGAGGUCGAUGGAAAACGCGCAGAAGACAUGAUCAACCGACUUCGUGAACAAAUUCAAACAAAAGAACUUGAAAAUAAGACUGUAGGUGGUUUCACGAUUGAUAAGGCAGAUGAUUUUGAAUAUUUAGAUCCCAUUGAUGGAAGUGUAUCUAAGAAACAAGGUAUCCGUAUUAUCUUUAAGGAUGGCUCUCGUAUCAUUCUUCGUCUCUCUGGCACUGGUUCACAAGGCGCCACUGUUCGUCUCUAUGUUGAAAAGUACAGUAACGACGCCUCUGAAUAUGGCAAAAAUGCUCAAGAAGGUUUGAAGCCUUUGAUUGAUGUUGCGUUAGAAUUAUCUGAGCUUGAAAAGUUUACUGGUCGUAAGGAACCUACUGUCAUCACAUAAACAAAAAUGAUAAAAAGAAAAAAUGUUAUAUAGCAUAUACUUAUUCCCUGCAUAUUUUCAUAAAUACAUAUAUGUUAUACAUGUAUACUACUUUUUUUAUAUAUAUACAUUAAAUAAAAUCAAAAGUAUAUAAGCUACUUGUUAUACAGUAUAAUAAUAUUGAGUUUGUAAAGAAC